AAUGGACAAUGAUGAAUUAGGGUUAUCUGUAUCAAUUAAGAAUGAAGAAGACGAGGAAGACCUUGAAGAAUCAGUCAGGUUGCAAGGUAAAAAUGGUGUUUUGAUGGAAAAUAAACAUAAACAAGUGGGUCUUUCACAUAUAGGUAACAGUCAGAAUCUUGAUGGGAAAAGGCUGAGCUUGUCCCAUAACAUCCAUGGUCAACAUGAAUCUAGAAAGAAGAGAACAGUGAUGCAAUCAAAGUCAAAUGCACCUAAGAGUAACAAGGAAAGCAAGAUCAAGCGACCUAAUUUCACUGAAAAGCAAUUGUUAAGAGAGAAGAUUAAAACAAUGCUUUUGGGUGCUGGAUGGACGAUUGAUUAUAGACCAAGAAGAACCAGAGAUUAUCUUGAUUCUGUAUAUAUUAGUCCUUCUGGAACUGCUUAUUGGUCUAUAACCAAGGCUUAUGAUGCACUCAAAAAGGAAGAAAAAGAGAAAGAGAAAGAGAAUACGGUAGCUAAGGGAGACUUUACACCAUUACCCAAUGAGAUACUUAACAAAUUAACACGUCAAACACAAAAGAAAAUCGAAAGAGAACUUGAAAAGAGUAGAAGACAUGAAGACAACAUUAGGAAGCCUAAAAGGGUAAAAAAGUCUACACAGUUUAGAUCCAUUGACCAGAACAAAGAGAAGCUUGACUGUUAUCUGAAGGAAGCAAGUGAAGACAGUAGUGGCUACUCAAGUGAUGAUUCUCCUCACAAGGAAACACCUCAGAAAGAUGGUGUUCAUGCUCAUACUAAUCCCCAUAAUUUACAUGAAAGCAAAAGCCGAAUGAUUGGCAGAAGAACAUUGGUUGUUCGUGGAUCUGAAAAGGGUUUAGAUUCAGAAAAGAAUGAUUUUAUUCCAUAUUCAGGAAAAAGGAACUUGAUUUCAUGGUUAAUUGACUCUGGAAUGGUUUCUGUGGGUGAAAAAGUGGAAUAUAAGAACCUUAGAAGGACACGUGUAAUGCAAGAAGGAUGGAUAACUGAAGAUGGAAUCCAUUGUGGUUGCUGUAGCAAAUUGGUGACAGUUUUGAGAUUUGAACUUCAUGCGGGCAGCAAACUCGGGCAGCCAUUGAAGAACAUUUUUAUCCAAUCGGGUAGGUCUUUAAUGGAGUGUCAGAUAGAUGGUUGGAAUAAACAAAAAGAGUCAGAAAGAAAAGGGUUUCAUGUUGUAGAUGUUGAAGGUGAUGAUCCUGAUGAUGAUACUUGUGGUUUAUGUGGAGAUGGUGGGGAUUUGAUCUGCUGUGAUGGUUGCCCAUCAACUUUUCACCUGAGCUGCUUGGAUAUGCAGAUGCUUCCGGAAGGUGAUUGGCAUUGUCCAAAUUGUGCAUGCAAAUAUUGCAAUAAGGACAGUGGUAGAACUGGAAGUUCCAGUUCACUUCUUACAUGUCGCCUUUGUGAGAAAAAAUAUCAUAAAUCAUGCAGUGGUGAGAUGGAUAUGUUUUGUUUCUGUGGGAGAAAAUGCCAAGAGCUAUACACACGCUUACAGAAGCUUCUUUGGAUGAAACAUGAAUUAGAUUCCGGAUUCUCAUGGUCUCUUAUCCAUCGAUCUGAUCUAUUACCCGACAUGUCAUCCUUAUAUUUCUAUCAAAGAGCCGAAUGCAUCUCCAAAAUAGCAAUUGCUUUAUUAGUCAUGGAUGAGUGUUUUUUGCCUAUUGUUGAUAGGAGAAGUGGGAUCAAUCUAAUCCAUAAUGUUGUUUAUAAUUGUGGAUCAAAUAUUAGCCGGUUAAACUAUAGUGGCUUCUUCACAGCCAUUUUGGAGAGGGGCGAUGAAAUGAUAUGUGCUGCAUCAAUCAGGAUCCAUGGAACCCAACUAGCUGAGAUGCCUUUUAUUGGGACCCGCGAUAUAUACAGACGCCAAGGGAUGUGUCGCCGCCUAUUGCAUGCUAUUGAAUCCGCUCUCACGUCCCUCAAAGUAGAGAAAUUGGUUAUUCCUGCCAUUGAAGAACACAUGGAUACAUGGACUAAUGCUUUUGGGUUUAAACCACUUGAAGAAUCAUGCAAACAAGAAAUGAAGUCAUUCAAUAUGAUGGUGUUUCCUGGAACAGAUAUGUUGCAAAAGCAACUAAUAAAAAAACGCACUCUAGAAACCAACAUGACUUCAAAAAAAGAUUCCAUUCCUUCCAAAAACAUUCUACGAACCAAACGCCCCGUGAGUUUCUUUAAUGGUGGUGUAGGCAAGAAGGGUGUUGAGGUGGAAGACUACAAUAAGGGAAAGAAAUCGGAAUUGAAUAACACUUCUAUCCGGAAUGGCGAUUCCGAACCCGAUUCCAAUGUUGUAAAACGUGGGAAUAAGACUGGUUCCAGGGUUGAAAGAACUGAUUUGCGGAAUAGCAAUGAAACUGCCCCUGGAAUUACUGAUUCCGAUUCCAAUGUAAUAAUAUGUGAACCUCAACUUCAAGUCACGGAAAAGGACUCUGUUUCCAAUUCCGUUGUUCUGCGGAAUGGCAAUGUGACCGAUACUCCAUUGGAAUCAGACCUCCAAUUCCUGGGAAAGGAAUCUGGUUCUGUGUCAAUGGCAAAAGAAAAUGAUGUGAAGGAUGGGAGGGAUGCUACCAACGGGAAUGUCUGAUUCUGUUAAGAAAAUUGAGAAUCAUCUUACAAAGGACACGAAUGAUCUUGUAUAAAAUAAUGAGAUCCUAGUUUUUUGAAAUGAUGUGUUAUGUUGUUUUCUAAUAUUUGAGUCAACUACACCAUAUAGACAAUUCUUUUAUUCAUAACACUUUUUAGGGUA